AUGGUAAGAGUCAGUCGACUUCUUUGGGCUAGCUGCGCUCUCGGUGAUAAUACUUUUAUUUUUCCAAAAGGUGAGAAAAUUUCCGCUUACAAAGAAUCAUCUGGAAAAAUUACGAAGCUCUGGACAAAAAGACUCAACGUCGAAGUUAGCUCAGGCGGGCGGAUCAUCAAGAACAGCUUAAAAAUCGGGACAGAAGAUGAUGAGCUUAUUUCUAUCGAUAUUGUGACCGGUAAUACCGAUUGGAAAUUAAAAGUGGACGGAUACAUCAUGUUUCCCCCUACUCUCUUCAAAGGGAAUAUAUUUCUGGCCGCUGGAGAGACCGUCUAUUCUUUGAAUAACAACGGAGAGGUGAUUUGGCGAAAUAACCUUGGAGGUCGCGUUAGUUCCCCACUGAAGAUAGAUGCUAAUAGAAGCAGAAUUCUGGCGACUGUAUACAAUGAAGCGACUGUUGAUACUCAGCAUCAUGACUUGGUCUGCCUGAAUGCGAUCACAGGAGAAACUUUUCAAAGAAGAAUGUCCAAGAAAAAUUUCAGAUCUUCAGUUAUGAUUGGAAAGAGCAAUUUCUACGUUCUCACAACUGACGACUUGAGGAAAUUCGGAAGAGAACAGCUAAAAGCUACGGCACCAGCAACCUCAAGAGUUCCAAGAGUGUCUGAAAAAGUAUUUGGGGAAAUUGAUAUUGAACAAGGGAAGAUUAUUUAUCAAUCUGAUGGAGGAGGAGUCGUCUAUGAUGUUAAUAAUCGAACGAUCAUUAAAGAAUUCCCAUUUCAUAUAAAUUCCGAUGUUGUCAUUUGUCCCCAAAUGGCGGUGUCGUAUUUUGGAAUCGAGGAAGAUGGCGUGGGAAAAAUUUGUGCAAUGGACACGAUAACGCUGGAUGUCCAAUGGAAAUCAAAUCUACCAGCAAAUCUCUCAAGCUUUCCAGUGUUAAAUCCAAACGGAGAAUUGAUACUAAGAUUAACGAAAGCAGUAAUGAAAGUUUUAAACUCGAUAGUCGCUCUUGGGUUGUGCGAGAUUCCUCAGUUUGACAACAGAGAAGUUGAGCUCGAUAAGUUCGAGAUUCUGCUCGCCUCCGACGAUGAUAAGAAGUUGUACGCCAUCGAUGGACAAAAAGGAGAAAAAAUCUGGGAGAAAGAAAUCGAAGACAACCCGACUCACUGGCCGUUUAUUUCGCUAAACUACAGAGUUUACUUCUCAGACGAUAGCCGAAAUGUUAGGGCGUUCAACCUCCAAACUGGCCGAGAAUUAUGGGAAAUGCAAAUGGAUGACAUGGUUGCGCCUGCAAUCCAUUUGAGCAAAGGCGAAGAUACUCUUUAUGUGCCUUUGGUCAACGGGCAAAUCGUAGCUCUGGACGUCACUCAAAAAGACAUGGCUACUGUCAAGUGGACGUUUGAGGCUCCAGGGGAACUGGAGUCACCCAUGAUCGACGAUCUCAAAAGCAGCAUGAUCUAUUUUUGCGCUGGAAUGGAGAACAUCAACUACAAAGGCGACUUGGACGAGACCGAUCCGGAUAGUAGCGUUGUUUGCAUGGGCGUGAACUACCAAGGCGAAGAAGUAUGGAAAGUGGGUUUUGACGACGCUCUUUCCUCGCCGCCACAGUUUUACAAAGACAGAGUUCAUUUUCUCGGCUUCCUGGAUGGACAAAUCUUAUCCGUCGAUGCCAAGACAGGCCAGAAUAAGACCCUGCGCGAACUACCAGAUAUCUCCGAUGGAUACCCAGCAGUAGAUGUACAUAACGGGUUCAUGUACGCCGGAGACGCCGAUGGUGGAGUCUUCUCGGUCAAUUUAGAUGAAUCAGAAGAUGGUGCUAAAUUUGGAGUAGGCCCGGGCUACGGAAUAAUUGCUGCAUGA